AUGUUCUCCUCUCUCCUCCUCGCUGUCUUCGGGCUUUGUGUUAAUGUGGUCGCCGAGGAAGUCGCUUUCUUCAAAUCGAGACCCGACCUCUACCCUCCCCGCCUCGACAUCACCAUCAAUGAACCCGACAGGCUCAGUCCGGGCUACAUCUUUAUCACCCCCUACCAGGGCCAGAACCCAGCUCCGCAUAUCUACGAUAAUAAUGGGGAAUUAAUCUGGAGCGGUUGGGGUGGUUCAGGCCCCGGGAAUGCCCAUGGACUUCACGUCUGUCGCUACAAAGGCGCCGACCAUCUCUGUUUCUUCCAAGGCCACCAGGAGCAUGGAUAUUGUCGCGGACAUGGCAUCAUCAUGGACAACCAGUACCGCAUCGUGCGAUCGGUGCAGCCAGGAGGCGGGAUGGCCGCGAGCGACAUGCACGAGUUUAUUCUGACCAACAACGGCAAAACUGCGUUAAUGACCAUCUACCAGCAGCGCCAAUUCGACUUGGCCGCGUGGAACGUGAAGACCGGCCUCGGCUGGGUGAUGGAGAGUAUCUUCCAGGAGGUCGACGUGGAAACCAGCAAAGUCCUCUUUGAAUGGCGGUCGCUCGAUCAUGUCGACCCGUCUAUGAGCUACACUUACCCGGACCACACGGAUACGGGAGGAACGGGCCUGAACGUCCACCAGCCUUGGGAUUAUUUCCAUAUCAACUCGAUCGACAAGAACGACGACGGCGACUAUCUGAUCUCCUCGCGGCAUACCUGUGCCAUCUACAAGAUCUCCGGCAAGGAUGGGUCGGUGAUGUGGCAGCUGAACGGGGCCAAUCCGACAUUCCAGAACAUCAACUUUGUCUUCUCGCAGCAGCAUGAUGCGCGCUGGUUGUUCGAGAACGCUACGCAUACACUACUGUCGCUCUACAACAAUGGCGACAACGGCUUCAACCAGACCAACACCUACUCGUCCGGCAUGGUCAUCCUCAUCAAUCAUGUGGAUAACACCGCUCUCCAGAUCCGAGAGUACACUUCUGCCCUGAAGGAUAUCAUCAGCACAAGCCAGGGCAACACCCAAGUCCUGCCGAACCGGAACGUCAUGAUCGGAUGGGGCAACAACCCCUGGCUAUCGGAGCAUGACGAGAACGGGAAUCUGUUGUUCUGGGGCAUCUUUGGCGGGGAGCCUAUCAUGAACUACCGAGUGAUGAAGUUCGAGUGGGAAGGCAACCCGACCGAUUCGCCCGCCCUCUGGUCGUACUCGCGGACCGCCGAUCCUCAUUCCCUGACAAACUUCUAUGUCAGCUGGAACGGCGCCACCCGCGUGCAUCGCUGGCGAUUCUACGGCGCCACGAACAUCACCGGGCCCUACGUCUUCCUGAGUGAAAUCUACAAGACCGGCUUUGAGACGGCCUACAUCAACGCCACCUUCUACCCCUGGACCCGGGCCGAGGCGGUGGACCGGAAUGGUGCCGUGCUAGGCAAGACGCGCAAUAAAUUUACCUUUGUACCCUCGCCUGAGCUGCGCGAGUUCUGUGCCGACGACUCCUGCGGCGAUGCCCCGUGGUACGGGGUCCCCGGCGAGGUGGGAGCUCGACCAUUGAUCCCGCCGGCGGGCGUGAAUACCGUGCCGUGGGUUCAACCCGAUCAUCCUGGUUCUCCCAUCUGGACCUAUCCCUCCGGAUACCGAGAAAGUCCUAGCCGCUUGCCAUCUGAUAUCGGCGAGAUUCUUGGCAGCUGGGCCAUCGUGCUCGUGAUCCUGGUCCCAUUUCUUGUCGGAAUCUUCUGCGCACGCCGAUACUACAUGAACCGCCCACGAUACGCACACCCACGCGAUCAAGAGGCGUCCGAGUCCUUGACCGGCAUGGGUGAACAAAAGCCCCCGCCGACUCGCGCAGCCGACUUUCCCUGGUGGCACUGGCGGUGGUGGUCCGGCGACGACGAUGACACCCAGUACGUCCCGCUCGCGGAGCGGAGUCCACGUCAACGGCAGCGACUAGAUUAA